AAUUCAAAUAUAACUUCUUGUAAAAAAGUGUAAUAAAUUAGUUGAAUUGCGGAACCAACUUCCUAUAAUACUUUAAAUACGUUGCCUGUGUCAAUAGUAGUAGAAUUGUUCCUUUAUUGCUUCGUGGGCUUACAUACUUAGCUCAUAUUUCCGUUACUCGCAUUGCUCAGAGGGAUUGAGUCAUUGUUGCUUUACUUUUGGUUUAUAAAUAUAUUCUUGCAAUUAAUCAGUGCUCAUACAACAGACUGAUAACUGUUCAUCAGUCUUCUGCUUUGGAUCAGUGACAUUAACAACACUUUCCUAUUAGAAUCUCAGUAGUGCACAGACUGGUUUAAUUUGCAUUGAAAAUCAUAGUUGUGCAGGAUUCAUUUCAGUACUCCUUCCAAUACCGAGCCAAUACCUCAAGACAUGGCUCAGCAUUUCUUACUUUCAAAAGUAACUGUGAAAAUGAAAUGGAGAUUCCACUGUGCAUCUCUGGUUCUUCUGAUGACCCAUGUUCUGCCCUGUCAGGGGAUGUUAGUGUUCUCACCACUGACAAGAUUGCUCUUUAGAUGUGUAAAAUACGGGGAGACUCAUCUUAAUUUUGGAGUAGCCACGCUGUGAAUCAGCCUAGUAAUGAUGCUGUGGGCAGAGCACGUGGGUUAAUUUACUUGAAGAAAUGCCAUAAAUAAGUCCAAUAACCCCAGAAUUCAGAGAAGUGAUUUACAGCUAUGAAGGUGAGAGCAGAAUUUGAGCUUUUCAGAGCAGGUUUCAAAGCUAUUUAGUGGCAGUAAAAAUAGUUUUCUUUUCCUCAGGACAAUGAUUUCUUCUUUCUUUUUGGAAAGAGGUGUGUUCCACAGCCAGGGAAGGCACGGACAUCAGGGAAGACACUGACACGUGGACUCUGCUGGCUCUUGAAAGAUUGUGCUUCCAUUAGCAAGUAAGAAAAGGAGAAAGAUGAGUUUGGGUAGUUGGGAUGAAAUCAGCCGAGGAAGAGUUAAAAAGGCACCUAGCAGAGGCUGGUGGAUGUGAUGCCUUCAGAGUUUGCUCGUGGAUGUUAGAUAAGAGCGAAAGCUAGAUAAGACAAAUGUUACUUUUGUCCUGAUGUAAUGCUUUAUUUCUUUAAGAGUUUAGUACCCUCAAGGAGGGAGUUUUGAACUUUAGUCAUGGAGAGGGCUGUUGACUAAUCAUAAUGUGAUGACUCAUUUCCUUUUUUUCUUCUACAAGGCGUUCACAUUUUUGCCACAUUUUAGCAUGCAUUUGAAUAAGAAACCUCCCAGCAUGCUAUAUAAAGGACUUCCAAAGACUCAGCCUGUUAGUAAACACAAGUGGAAUCACAGAAGCCCAGGUGAUGAAGAUGGAGACGGGAGAUGAAAUUGCUAUUGUGGGAAUCGCAUGCAACUUUCCCGGAGGUGAAGGAAUUGACAAUUUCUGGAAAGUGCUGGAGGAAGGCAAAAACUGCACAGUAGAAAUACCCCCAGAGAGAUUUAAUACCGAAGAGUGGUAUGAUCCAGACAGUAACAAGCCAGGAAAAAUAUGUACAACACGAGCUGCUCUUCUCAAUGAUCAUGCAGUGGGUGUGUGUGCAUUUUGGGUGUUCGCAUAUUCACGUGCAUUCUGUAUGAAGGUGUGCAUAUCAGAUCUGAGGUGGGCUACAGCCUGCCAAAGGAUUUAUACAGUCCACUUACAGCCUGUGGAGGAAGGUGGCAGAGUAUGGACUCCGAGGUGUAUGAACUGCGUGUACACCCCUCAAAUCCAUCUCUCCUAUUUAGAGAUAAAUAUGUUGUGUCAAGUUCAGAGCUGUACGUCCCUUUUGUUCACUCAGGGUAAUGUGACAUGUAUUUGUAUUGUUACAGGUCUUAUGAAUCGAGACUUUGAAAUCGUAAGAAGCAAAUCAGUGAGUGAAAUAAAUCAUUAUGCUGGUACAGGGUCAGCAAUGAGCAUAGCUGCUAACAGGGUCUCCUUCACUUUUAAUCUGACUGGACCAUCGUUGACAAUUGACACUGCUUGUUCAUCAUUUCUUUUUGCUCUGCACUACGCCGUGCGAGCAAUUAAAUCAGGAGACUGCGAGGCAGCUAUUUGCGGUGGUGUAAACAGCAUAAUAGAUCCCCGCACCUUUGUAUCUCUCAGUAAAGCAAAAAUGAUCUCUCCAGAAGGCAUGAGUAAACCCUUUUCCAAAAAGGCAGACGGCUAUGGAAGGGGAGAAGGCUGUGGUGUUGUUUUCCUCAAACCACUGAAAAAGGCAAAGGAAGACUACAGCAAAAUCUGGGGUGUUAUAAACAUCAGUGCAGUCAAUCAGAAUGGUAGGUCUAUAACGCCGAUCACAAGGCCGUCUCAAAUAGAGCAGGAGAAGUUACUGCGCAGCAUUUAUGAAGGUCACGUAGAUCCCUCGGUUGUGCAGUACAUUGAAGCCCACGGGACAGGAACUGCUGCUGGAGACCCCACGGAAGCUGAGAGCCUUGGUAAUGUUGUUUGUAAGAACAGACCUUCGCAUGUUCCCGCUCUGAAAAUUGGUUCGGUGAAAGGGAAUAUUGGCCACACAGAAUCGGCUGCUGGAGCAGCAGGUUUGAUCAAAGUGCUUCUGAUGAUGCAUCACGGGAAGAUUGUUCCAUCUUUGCAUUACUCAAAGGAGAUGAGCAGCAUCGAUACGGAGAAAUUAAACCUUGCCAUUCCCACAGCGGUUGAGCCCUGGGAAGAUUCCAGUGAGUGCGGAAGAGUAGCUGGCAUCAACUGCUUUGGAUUUGGAGGAACCAAUGCCCAUGUUGUAGUCAGCCAGGUUAAGCAGCCAGAGCCUCUUUGUGGCUUUAAGAGGCCGCUGGAAUUAGUUUUGCUGUCCGCAGCAUCAGCUAAAUCCCUUCAGAUGACAAUGGCAGAUACAGCUGAGCAGCUGAGCGCGAGAAACUGCGUAACUCUCCCAAGCCUGGCCUAUACAUCUGCCUGCAGAAGAAGCCAUGCCAACUACAGGUACCGGAAAGCAUUUGUGGCAAACUCUCUCCAGCACUUGCAGCAAGAAGUUUUGUCGGCAGCAAGCACUGACUUUGCCACGUCAAAGGUGGAGCUGCAGCUGGUGUUUGUGUUCUGUGGCAACGGCGUAACGCUGAAGGAGUUCAGUGAGGCACUGCUGAGCUCAGAGCCAGUGUUCAGAGACAAGUGUAAGGAAAUAGAAGCGCUCUUUCAGAAACACGCUCCCAUCAGCCUUCUGCCAGCAAGAGGUCGCAGCUCGAAGGAGUUGCUGAAUCCAGAACUCUCGCAGCCCAUGCUUUUUACCCUGCAGGUUGCGUUAGCUUCUCUUCUGAAGUACUGGGGCAUUAAGCCGGUCGCUGCUGUUGGCCAUUCCGUGGGGGAAGUGGCGGCAGCACAUUUUGCUGGCUACCUUUCCCUGGCAGAUGCGGUCAAAGUGAUAUAUCACCGGAGCAGGCUGCAGGCAAAGACUGCCAGCGGCAGAAUGCUGGUGGUUGGGAACAUCCCUGUUCAAGAAGUUGCUGAACGUCUGCAUCCCUACUCGGGAAGGGUGUGCAUUGCAGCUUUCAACAGCCCAGUUUCCUGCACCUUGUCUGGAAAUCCAGAUGAUGUGGACUCGGUCCAGAAAGAUUUAGCACAAGCCUUCAGCCAGAGAAACAUCUUUCUUCAUAUUUUAAAUGUCCCAGCUGCCUACCACAGCUCUAGCAUGGAUGUGAUACUUGGGGAGUUGGAACGGAGCAUAGAGCCUUUAGAAGAACAGAAGGGUGAUGUUGAAGUAAUUUCAACACUGACCGGGACAGCUGCUUCUGCAAAUGACUUCACUCGCGGCAAAUUCUGGGCCCGGCAUACUCGUGAGCCGGUUGCUUUCACUCAAGCCAUAGAAACUGCAGCUAGAGACAGGGAAAAUGUAGUGUUUGUUGAAAUAAGUCCUCACCGAGUGUUGCAGCGAAACAUAAAAGAGACUCUAGGAAAAGUCACUAAGGUGUUCUCUUCUUUGCAGUCUGAUGCAGAGUAUCAGGCACUCUUUAGCUUGGUAGGAAGUCUGUUUGAACUGGGCUACAAUCCCAACUGGCAGCACUUUUAUGAUGGAUAUCAAAGCGUUCCAGUGAUCAUCCCACGGUAUCAGUUUGAUCGUAAAAAAGUCGUGACCUCUCUGGAUACCUAUCAACAAGCAAACCAAAGAGAUGUCAGCUCCGGUCAUCCCUUGAUUUAUGUCACGAACAGUGACAACAUGGAGUUUGGCUGCCUGCUCUCGCAGGACACCGCAUCCUACUUAUAUGAGCACAGGAACAAUGGUGUGGCUUUAGUCCCGGGUGCUUUUUAUGUGGAGCUUGGUCUGGCCUGUGUGAUGAGCUGCUUAAGACCUAAAGCACCUCUGAGUGCUUGCCAGAUAAGCGUCAGUUUUUCAGCACCGUGUGUUCUCACACAGAGUUCCCAAGUCUUGACCAUCAAGCUGAGUCCACAAAAAGCAGUGACAGCCUUUGAGAUACUCUCUUCUUCCAACGCAGUUUAUGCUUCAGGCCAUGUUAGAAAGGUGCCUGAGGCUGUUGUGGAAGAAAGCACCAUCUCCUUCCAAGAGGUCUAUCACAGAUGCAGGUCAGUGAUUAGCACAGAGGAGGUCUAUGAAGCACUGUCUCAGGUUGGCUUUCAGUAUGGCUCCAUAUUCAGGCAGCUCAGGAAUGUGCAUUAUUGCCAGGAGCUAAAGGAAGCUAUAACAAGCAUCAAGGUGAACAAGGAGACUCUCAGAGAGAUGUACAGCUAUUGUAUCCAUCCAGUGCUGCUGGACUGUUUUAUGCAGAUGACUGCUGUGAUGACCUCAAGGACUCUGCAGUCCAGAGCAGGCUUUCCUACAGGGAUAGGAAGCCUGGUGGUAUUGCGACCUCUGGAGGAAGAAAUGAUGAUAUAUAUGAGAACAAGCAAAUCCACUGGGAGAUGCUUAGAGGUCUGUGGAUGCUUCAUGGACAAACACGGGUCUGUUUUGGCUGAACUCAAGCGUGUUGUCAUCACUUUUAUGAAACAAGCAUCUUCCAGAGACAACGAGUUCAUGUUUGAAAACAAGUGGUCAGAAAUCUCUCCAUCACAGACCAUUGGUCAUUUAGAAGCAAUGCCUAGAGUCCUAGUGUUUGCUGACAAGUUUGGGAUAGCUGACCAGCUCAGAAAAUAUUUGCAUCCUGAUUCUGGAUAUGUUAUGUACGAAGACUGGGAAUCCCUCUUGGAAGUCCACAUGGGGAAUGAAAUGAAAGCAGAGGUUGAGGAUUAUGAUGAAGUUCUCUUCCUGUGGGGAAUUCAAAAGGUGAAUGAGGAGUUCCCAAGUAAAGUGGUAGACCAACUCUCAAAGUGUUGUGAAGCUUAUCGCCGAGUUAUUGUGGCAUUAAGAGAGAAAAGUUCUCACUGUUCAAUCAGAGUGAUCACCUACAGAACAACAGAAAGAAAUGUAGACCAUGUUAACUGUGGGUUUGCAUUGCAUGGCAUGACCAGAACUUGUGUUGUUGAAGUUCCAGAAAUCACAUUUCAGAUAAUUGAUCUCAGCUCUUCCAGCUCCCUGGAUAUCUCAGCGUUAUCAGACGUUCUUGUCAAAUACCGAGGUAAGGAUUAUCCAGAAGUCUGGAUCAGCCAAGGAAGAAUUUAUGCAUCUGAAAUCAAAUGCACACAUUUUGUAGAUGCAGAUUACAGCCAACAUGUAAGGUCUGUCCAGAAUUCAGAGACAUUCGCUUUGUACACUGCUGAUCCAUACACAGCAAAAGACUUGUCUGCUGAAUUAUCCACCAGAGCUGCUACUAAGCUUGAAAAUCAGAGCGUUGAAAUUCAAGUGGACAAAAUAUGUAUCCACUCUGAAGAUUAUUAUCCCAUUAGUGUUUCUAGUUGUAACUUUGGCAAUACGCUCUACUGGAAUUCCCAAGCAGCGGACAAACACAGACUUUUGGCUCUUGAUUUCAGUGGCACAGUCACGGCAAUAGGCACUGAUGUGAAGAAAGUUAAAGUGGGAGAUCACGUGGUUUCCUGUUAUCCAGCUGCUGCAUCAUCCAGAAUUCAGAUCCCAGGAACAGUUUGUUUAAAUGUAAAGAAGUUUCCAUGCUUUCAAACUGUCCCCUGUGUGUCCUACUUCAUCCUUGCAUGGGAGAUCUUAAAUCAGAGGUUACCCAAGGGGAAACAUGGCAGAACUUUGGGUAUUAUUUCUACAGAACCAUCAUCAGUUUUGUGCCGUGUUCUUUCUGUGGCAGCAGAAGAGAUGGGCUGGAAAACAGUACUUGCAAGGCCCACUCCUGAUGUGCUGCAGUAUGUAAGUGUAUGCAAUGCCCUUGUUGUUUUUCCUCCAGUUGCCAGGCUGUCUCAGGAGGAUUUGGCCCGCAUGUACUGUCUUAAAGAUGUGGUGAUAGUAUGUGGCCAUCAACAAUCAGAAUGUAUUCAGAAUGUCAGUGGACUUGAUCAUGAAAAUAUCAGAUUUCAUAUCCUCAUCCUUAGCAGUAUCUUCCAGAAAGCAUCUCUAAAGGAACUCCACAAGGCUGUGCAUGUGUGGAUCAGUUCAUUGGAUAUGAAGCGGUUUAGACAUCUACCAGGUUCUGUCUUUCAGCAAACUGAGAACUUUGAAGGGCUGCAGUCUGUGAUGUCCUCUUUUACCUGCAAAUCUGUCCCACUUGCUGUACUGAGAAAGCAGAAGGACAUCACCGUUGUUUCAGAUAUACCAUUGUAUGAAUCCGAGAAGAAGAUAUUUAAGCAAAACGCUGUUUAUGUAGUAGCAGGGGGGCUCACUGGCCUUGGCUUUGAAACUGUGAAAUUCAUAGCAGCAAAUGGAGGAGGGUGUAUUGCAAUACUCUCCAGGAAAAUUCCCAGUAAGGAGAAGCAAGAAGAGAUGAAGGCUUUGCUGCAGAAGUACGAAGGCAGCAAAAUAGUGUUUGUGCAGUGUGACAUUACUUUGACCAAUGAUGUUGAGGAAGCUUUCCAGAUCAUUGUAAAAUUAUUUGAAGGGUGUCCAGUCAAAGGUGUCUUUCAGAGUGCUGUUGUUUUACACGAUGGUCGUCUUGAAGUUCUGAAGUUUGCUGACUUUCAGAAAGUGCUGAGCCCCAAAGUGGCAGGGACCCUAAAUCUUCAUUGGGCUACACGAGGCCAACAGCUUGACUACUUUGUGUGCUACUCGUCUGUUACUUCCUUUCUAGGAAAUUCCACGCAGGCAAACUACGCAGCUGCAAACUCUUUCCUGGAUGUCUUCUGCCUCUACAGGAGGAACUGUGGUCUUUCAGGCCAAUCCAUUAACUGGGGUGCUCUGAACCUUGGCAUACUGCUCAAUCAAAACCACAUUCAGAACAUUCUGGGAUCCAAGGGCAUCGAUAUUCUGCAAGUGCAUGAGAUUCACGAGUAUCUCAAGAAGAGCUUACUUUCAAAUAACCCACAGCAAGCUGUUGUCAAAUUAAAUGUUCAAACUUUACUUAAUCAUGUUUUUAUUCGGAUUGUUUCACUCAAAAGUCGCUUCAGAUCACUAAUGACAGAAGAAUUUGGAAGCAAGCUUGAAACCUCUGAGGAAUCUCAAGUCCAGGAUAUUGCUUUAGUCAAGUCUGAAGACUAUAUUACCUCACUGAUGGCUGACCUCACUGGGCUGGACGCAGAUGAACUAACCAUGAAUAUGCCACUUUCAUCACUGGGCGUAGACUCUAUGUUAGCUAUGACAAUUCAGAACCGUGUCUUUCAAGAAAGAAAGGUGGACAUACCUCUUCUGAAACUACUUGAUCCUCACACCACUCUGUCAAGUUUAGUAGUAAUUUUAGGGGAAACAACCAAUCCAGAUCAAAUUGUUGAGGAAAAAAUAUCUGCAGUUGCUAGUGCAGAACAUGAGAGCUGGCUGUAGGAAUCAUCUCCUUCAAUAACUGUGUCAAUAUGACUAGACCCUUUGCAGAUAUCAGAAUACGUCAUUGCAAAUGCAUGGUAGAACAUGCACAUAUGCUGAAUGUAAUCUUCUGAGUUGUCCUAGAAGAGCUCACAUCAGUUUCUUCUGCCAUUGCACUAACUUUGUUACUUUUGGACAGUGGUGUGACAUGAUACUUUCAAUCUCUUUUACCUUCGUUUUCAGUAUUUUUAACUGUAAAUAGGUAGACUAUACAGAAUUCCAUUUGAUGAAUUUGUAUGUUUGUCAUGGUUUUG